AUGACAUCGGAGUCCCACAAGGAAUUGGGAGGAAUCAUCACCGAAGCCAAUCGACACGUCGAAAGUUUGCGCUACCUUCAACAAGAAAUCACUGGAGUAUCGGAGCAUAUAAUUGUUUAUAUGCUUAUUUCUGCCUUGGACAAGGCAACUCGUAAGUCGUGGGAAGCCACUCAGAAGAAAGGCGAGCUGCAAAAUUACAAACAAGUCAACGAGUUCCUGAAAUCCAGAUGUCAGAUUCUAGAAAACUGUGAAGCGGCUUUCCAAACAGCACCUCCAAUUUUCAAAAGCAAGCAGCAACCAACGAAAGUUUUGCCACAGAAGAGCCACACCGUCUCGGCAAGUACACCUCAAACUUGUGAGAUUUGCGGUGGUGAUCAUCGGAACUACCAAUGCAACGCGCUAAUUUACCUGACGGCAUCCCAGAAAAAUGAAAAGAUACGGGCCGCUGGAAAACCGUCCAACGUUUCUCUUCCCGCGGAAGCAGUGGCAAGCACACCACCGGUUCCGGCUGCUUCGAAUCAACCAUCCACAUCGAAGCAGAAGAUUCCUGCCAUCAUAGAGCCACCUGUGUCUACGACCUGUUCAUCCAACCUAGCCCAAGCGACCAAGACUGUUCUGCUGCUUACCGCAGUGGUACAUGUGUUUGAUCAGGAGAACCACCCUCAUCCAUGCCGCGUUCUAUUGGAUAGCGGAUCCCAAGUGAACUUUGUGACUGAAGAUAUGGUCAACCGUCUUGGUCUCCCAAAGAAACACGCCAAUGUUCCGAUUGUUGGUAUCAACGCAUUGCGAUCCCACGCUCGGGAUAAAACCACCUUGAAGUUCAAAUCCCGAGUUUCGAACUUCCAAGCAAGUCUCGAGUGCCUGAUUACACCGAAGGUGACUGGUACAAUACCAGUGUCGAAGAUCAACACCACACACUGGAAUCUCCCCGAAGGAGUGGUUUUGGCCGAUCCCGGCUUCAAUACGCCACAAAAAGUUGACCUGCUAAUUGGUGCUGAGCUGUUCUUCGAUAUCCUGAAACCGAGCCAAUUAAGCCUAGAUGAUAACCUGCCACAGCUGAGAGAUACUCAUCUUGGAUGGAUUAUAUCGAGCGAAUGA